CAGGUCAGAGGCAGAUCUACAAGUCUCACCUGUCCGUUUUUCACGGUUGCCCAAAAUUCAGAAUGUUGGCUUUGCGUGUGGAUUUUGGGCGAGUUUUUCGUACGAUCACGGAUAGUGUUUUCAGCCAGAUUUGGCAUAUUUUGAGCCUGAUUUGGCAUAUUUUGAGCCUGAAUUCGCAUAGUUUGAGCCUGAUUUGGCAUAUUUUGAGCCUGAUUUGGCAUAUCUUGAACCUGAAUUGGCAUAGUUUGAGCCUUAUUUGGCGUGCUUUGAGUCAAUGUGGUUUUGUUGCGUGUGUUUUGUGCCUACAUCGGUAUUUUUUUGCUGGAAUUGGUCAUUAGCGCAGUAAUUAUUUGAUUUUCACGAUAUUUUCUUUUCUUUCAAAUGUUCUGAGUUCCGGGAUUUGGCUUGAAGCAGCCUCAUUGUCCGAUUCUUCUUUGAGUGACAUGGUUCCAGUCCUUAUUAAUCUG